AUGGAGCCUUCGUUUGAGGAUGUGCAGUCCAUUCGAGAUGCAGAUCGCGGGUUUAUUGAUCGUCUCGACCCAUGUAUCAUUAAAGAUAGCCAAGGCCGUGUGGUCUGGGAUAAUGAAGCGUACAACUUCCUCCAUGGAAAGCCUGCCCCAGAGACCACGAACCUGGCGCCAAGCUCAACUUGUUGCAAAACAAGGGCUUUUUGA